GCAAUCUUUGCUUUGGACGUCUUUCUUGCCGGGAAUAUCUUCUUCUGGGCAUGAUAAAUUCUGUACUACGGCACUAAUCUAUAGUAAAACAAGUCGCAGCAUAUCUCUAUAUACCAAUGGGAGCUUAUCUUGACAAACCGGUAACGGAAAAAGAGUCCGAGAGUGGUCAGGGCAAUGGUUUGACGUACGGCGCCACGUGCAUGCAAGGCUGGCGGGUGAAACAAGAGGAUGCACAUAAUUGCAUAUUGGACUUAAAUGAUGAAUGGAGCAUGUUCGCCGUUUACGAUGGCCAUGGAGGAGAUGAAGUUUCAAAAUAUACGGCUAUGAAGCUACCAGAUUUUCUGAAGGAAAGGGAGUUUUGGGCCAAUGAUGACCUUGUCACUACUUUGCAACAAAUAUUCGUCGAUUUUGAUGACAUCUUGAGGUCAGAAGAGGUGAUGAAGGAGUUGAAACGGAUGGCAAAAGAAAGUGAAGAUAGGCCUGAUAAUGAUGAUGACGGAGAUAACAGCGAAGAUGAGUGUGAUCGGAUUCAAACCAUCGAAGAGAGCUCUAUGCCUUUAGAGGAGAUAUUAACUAGAUUUUAUAGGCAAGGAUACAUUAUCGGGAGGACUCCAGCCAAAAAUAAAAUAUCACUUGAGGAAACAAAUGAUGAACAAGAAAACACUGACGAUAAGUGCCCUAAAGGUAAACGUCAAAGUAGAUCACCCACUCAAGAACCCGCCAAGCGAGCGAAGACCGAGGGAAAUGGUAAGGAGGGAAAUGGAAGUUUGUUGAAUAUGCUGAUCAAUUCCAAAGGCGAUGAAGGCAAUGGUGAUACGGUCACUGAAUCCAAAAUCAGUGAAACCACGACCAUUGAAAGCACCGAUUCAGUGGUUCCCGAUGUAACUCCCAGCGAAUCAACUGUUGUAAGCAAUAGCAACAACACGUCAGAGGAGGUUAAGAACGAAGAAGAAAGCGUUGAGCGAGGCGAUGGCGACAAAGCUGAGCGAGACGAUGGCGACAAAGCUGAGGAGAAGAACGGCGUUGAGGAGAAUACCCCGCCAUUGAUAAAGUCAAAACAAAAGAAAAUACCGAUAAAUGCUGAAAAGAAACCCGGUGGAGGUGCAGAAGACGGAGUCAUAGAUGAUGAAGAUUCCGAAGAUGAUUCCGACUUCAACGAAGCCGAAGAAGAAGCAGAAGACGAGGAAUGUGAGGAUGAGGAUGAGUGUGAUUCUGAUGACGAUACUGAAGAUGUCGGAUGCAUCCCUGGAGGGUUAGAAACGCCUGGAGAAGAUUCUGGCACAACCGCUUGCGUUUGUCUUAUGAAUAAAGACAGAAUCGUUGUGGCGAAUUCUGGAGAUUCGCGAGCGGUUCUAUGCCGGGAUGGAAUUGCCAUUGAUCUGUCACUAGACCAUAAACCAGAGGAUGACAUUGAACGAACGCGUAUUGUCAAUGCUGGCGGAUUUGUAAAUGAGGAUGGACGAGUCAAUGGUGGACUGAACCUAUCGCGAGCAUUUGGUGAUCAUAGCUAUAAGAAGAAUACAGAUCUGUCAUUACGGGAUCAGAUGAUCACUGCUCUACCCGAUGUAAAAGUCGAAACUUUGCAACCUAACGACGAGUUCCUCGUCAUAGCCUGUGAUGGGAUUUGGAAUUCGUUAAACUCUCAACAAGUUGUCGAUUUCGUCCGAGAACGACUAAAACAAGGAAAAUCUUGUGUGGAAAUUUCCGAAGAGCUUUGCGAUCACUGUUUGGCACCGUCAACAGCCGGCGAUGGUACUGGUUGCGACAAUAUGACGGUUAUUAUCACUACGAUUACUCACUAAAAUGUAUCUCGGUUCACCGUCCAUCUCCCCCCUCCCACUGCUCCCCUUGUUCUUCUCCUCACAUUUUCAUCCCUUUCAUCCGUUGUCCGCCUCGCUCCCACAAUACCACACAUGAGAUGUUCCUGUCAACAUAAUCCUUAUAGAGAUAAUGUUUUGUUUAGCGCUUUGUUGUUUCGUUGUUGUGAAAAUCUGUGUUUGUAAAAGACGUGUUGCCUUAUCACCUCGAUUUAAGGCCCAUUUCCAUGAAAGAAAAAACAUUUCUCCUGUGCAGUUUUGAAAUCUAAAAGUACGCCGG